AUGCAAUAUUUCAUCACCCACAGCCGCUGGGGCCACGACUACGACAUCGCUGUCGGAAACACCUCAGCAUACCAUGUUGUAAACUCUCAAAUGAUACCAGGCAAACCAGACCUGACCUUCUACUCUGGUUCAAACAAAGCAUCACCAAUCAUAGGCGUCUGCCGAUACCGGCACUUCUCAUCAGACAUGGAAAUUGGACUAGGAGACCCAAACAACCCCCACACUGUGAACUGGGAACAGUUAAAUCGGAAGGGUGUGGUCAAGACACGCUAUUCUUUCCGAGUGAAUCUUGGUAGUCGUUCGCCCCGGACGUUUACCUGGAAAGAGUCUACGGGGCAGGGCCACACGAACUUCAAGCUAGUGGAUGAGAGGACAAAUCAGGUUGUCGCACUAUUUUCGUCUGGUAAUACCUUUUCCACGGAAGAUGGCCAGUUGGAUAUUCUCGUCGAGUAUAGUCCACGAUUUUCACUUCUAGUCCUCUUGACUUUCUUGGGCUUAUACGAGAAAAUGCGGCGCUUCAAACGUGGACAAAAACAACCAUUGAUGUUGCCGCUAGGGGUUGAAUCUUAG